AUGAUAGGCUGCAUGGCUGAGAGACUGAAAGAGGAAAUCCUGGAAAAAGAGAAGCUUGUUGAUGUUCUUGCUGGACCAGAUUCAUACCGUGAUCUUCCCAGACUUCUCACAGUCGCUGAAACAGGCCAAAAGGCUGUGAAUGUUUUGUUGUCAUUUGAUGAAACCUAUGCAGAUGUCAUGCCGGUUCAAGUCAAUUCCAAGACAAAAACUGCAUUUAUCUCUAUCAUGCGGGGAUGCAACAACAUGUGUAGCUAUUGCAUCGUUCCUUUCACACGUGGGCGAGAGAGAAGCAGACCAAUUUCUUCCAUUUUACAAGAAGUCAGAAUCCUUUCAGACCAGGGAGUGAAGGAGGUUACAUUACUGGGACAGAAUGUCAACAGUUACUGUGAUACAUCCGAGAUUCAGUUUCACACAAGGGAACCGACAACCUUGAGCCGUGGGUUUAGUACCAUAUACAGGAACAAACUGGGAGGCUUGCGUUUUGCUUGCUUAUUGGAUCAGGUUUCAAGGAUUGAUCCUGAGAUGAGAAUCCGUUUCACGUCACCUCACCCCAAGGAUUUCCCAGAUGAGGUUUUGCAGCUUAUCCAGGAGAGACCCAACAUUUGCAAACAGAUCCAUUUGCCGGCACAAAGUGGGAGCACGGUCAUACUUAAAGCUAUGCGACGAGGGUAUACGAGAGAAACAUAUUUGGAACUAGUUGAGCAUAUAUGCAAGAUCAUCCCAGGUGUGAGCCUCAGUAGUGAUUUCAUUGCUGGAUUUUGUGGGGAGACGGAGGACGAUCACUUGCAGACCAUAUCUCUUCUUCGGCAGGUCCGAUAUAAUGUGGGAUAUCUUUUUGCUUACAGCAUGAGAAAGAAGACGCAUGCCCAUCAUAGAAUGAAGGACAGUGUUCCUGCAGUCGUAAAGCAACGUCGAUUGGAAGAACUCAUUGCUGUGUUCCGAGAGGAGGCAACUAAACUCAACACUGAACUUAUUGGAACUAAGCAGGUUGUGCUAGUGGAAGGGGCUAGUAAACGAUCCAAGGUAGAAUUGUGUGGAAGAAAUGACGGUAACGUCAAAGUAAUAUUUCCCAAUUUGUUGAUGCCAUGUGACGGGUCAUCUGACCUGUGUGCUUCUAUCAAACCCGGGGACUAUGUAUCAGUCCAAAUAACAUCAGCCAGUUCUCAAAGUUUAAAAGGUACCCCCAUUUGCCUUACAACAUUAAGCAAAUCGACAAAGGUGACAUCCAAACAACUUGCAGACUGUCUGUAAUGGACAAUUAACAUCCAUCAGGAAAGGAGCUGAACUGAGUUUAUGUACUGAAGGAUGAUCGGAGGAAGUAUAAAGUUGUGGUUGAUCAGAAACUGCUGAGGGUAGUAAAGUGGACCCUGGUGCAAUUUUCCAUCAGAGGAAGUACGUAUCAUAUGGAGCUCAAAGUAAAACAAUGUGUGCAUCUGCAUGCUUUUUAAGUUCAAAUCUUGGUGAUGAGUUGCUUACACAUUAAAAUUUGAGAUUAGAGUUCAGAUAUGUGGUUAGUAGGUACUGCAAUCCAAAAAAAAAUUGCCACAAAAUAAAUGCAGCAAAUUACCCUGGUGAUAAAAAUGAAUAAUUAUGAAAAUAACAUUGCAUAUGUAAUUUGUGAUGAAGAAAAAAUUCAGUCUGUUCUUGGCAUCCAGUUUUCUUUUAAGUUCCUUAUACAAUGUGUGUGCAUUUAAAACUGGCUUGUUUUCUCAAUAACGAGCAAAAGAACAUGUUUGAAAACAAUCUCACAGACCUGUGCAUCUGAUCAUGUGCUAAUUGAACCUGGAUCUCCAUGUCUUAAAAGGCAUCUGGCCACCAAAGCAUCACGUUGCUCUCAGUCAACUUGAAUGUUUGAAACGUGCUGCAUGAGAUUACAGUCUGUCCCGUGAUGGAAACCAGUCCUGUGUUUAUGAGUACUAACUGCAAUGUGCUGGUAGAAAUGUAGGAAGAUGCAGAGAAUUCAUGAACACCAGGGGUGACUGGCUUUCCCCACCACCAGCUUUUACCAUGGAGAUGAAUUACUGGAAGGAAGCUGCUGACACCGGCGCCAGGAAUGAGUUGACAAGGAACUGAGAGCAGUGUAAGAUGUUCAAUGACUUCACUCAUUUUGCAAAGUUUGCUGUGAAAUUUAUCAGACAUUUGCAGUGCUGCAUGCACUAAGUUCAGGUGCAACUACGAGAGUCCACCACACUGUUCAAAGAAGAGCAAUGAGGUCUGCAUUCUGAUCAAUAGUUACACAUCAAACAAUAUCACCAAAGCAGAUGAUCUGGUCUUACUUGACAUGCUAUGUACAAAGUUCUAAUUAAAAAUCAUUGAAACAGAAAA